AUGGAAAAACAUUUUCUCUCAUCAAUCCAAGCUGAUAUUGAUAAAGCAGUUGAAGGUACUCAAACAGCUUUUGAUAUUGAAUCACCAUGGCAUAAAUUAGUUUCUCUUUCUUUCUCUCAACCUAAGUCAAUAUGUAGAAAGUGGAAACACUUAACAAUGUUGAUUGUACUGAAACCAACUGAACAAACACCACUUAAUGCACUUUAUUGUGCUGCUCUUAUCAAAGAGACUGGCUUUCCACCAGAUGUUGUCAACAUCAUACCAGGUGAUGGGCCUGAAUUUGGUUAUGCAAUUGCUGUUCACGCACAUAGUGAUAAAAUUGGAAAGAAAAUACAAGAAGCAGCAGCUAAAUCAAAUCUUAAAUGUGUUACACUUGAACUUAAAUGUGAUGGUGAACGAGUUGAUAAUAAAGGUUAUUUUAUCAAAGCAACUAUUUUUAGUGAUGUAAAAGAUGAUAUGCAAAUUGCUCAUGAAGAGAUAUUUGGUCCAGUAAUGUCAGUCUUAAAGUAUGAUUCAUAUGAAGAAGUUAUCAAACGAGCAAACGACACGACUUUUGGACUUGGUGCUGGAGUGAUAACUAGAGACAGUAAAUUUGAAAGACAUGAUUAUUGA